AGGUACGCUAGUCACUUUGACGUAAUGAUACGACCCAAGAAAGUUGGUCGAGGUAAACCAACAGAGGAGAUAGAGCAGUCACUAGGACACGCGACCUUCGAGGACAUAGACACGUUGCUUGAGCUGCUAGGAGUGGUUUCCGCCUUAGUCUUCUCCAUUGCUAUUGGACUCUUCUUUACCAUUGAGGAACUGGAGUUUGACAACGCAAACCUGAAGUAUUCCAUAUUCUUCGAUCCCAACUUCAGAAAGUUUGUACGCAGCACUCUUAUCGCAGAGAAAACCUCGGUGCAAAUACCAACUGACCUGUCUAACAAGUUCGAUUUACUGGCUAUCUUGAACAGAAGUGAAAAAUGCGAUUCCUUGAUUCUGAGUGAUUCUUGUCGAGAAAUCAUGAGCGCAGCCCGGUUCGCGUCGAAGGUGUUUCCGCUACAAUACAUGUAUGCAUUUUACGGGGAUGACAACUUCGUCUCAAAGAAUCUUUCUAUGUUCGGAUUUCCAAGCACAUGCAUGUUGGGGGUCGCUCUGGCUGGUGCUAUGUUCUUGCUCUGUUCACUUUCAUUAUCACCCACGCGUACCAACGACGAGGCGCUAAAGCGUUGGCUAGUUUACGGACUUCCGCUCAUUGGCAUCUGCUACCUCUGCCUUGCUAUCGGGGUUAUCUUCGGCCUGUCUGCGCUGGUCUCGAUGGUUUACAUUCGAUACCCCACCGCCUUCGACUCAUUCUUCAUGCUCAGAAGUCUGCUGUACAUUGCAGUUCCUGUCAACACCAUUGUCUUCUGGGGAGCGAUCAUACUUCUCGUCUACAUAUUUCUCCGCUAUCGUCGAAGCCAGGAUGAUGAAGAGACUGUGGAGAAGAGCGACAUCAAAGCCGAGGAUCCUUCAGAUCUGAUGGGGCUCCUUCAAAUCGCCAUCAAGUCCGAUGCGGAAGCUUGUGACAAGUAUGCUGCAACCAUGAAACAGGAGAAGAUCUCAGUUGAGCAUCUGAAAGACCUUUCUCCCCAGGACAUUCGCAACAUCUUCAACAUUCCAUAUGGUCAUGCCUGUGAUAUCUUUAGAGCCGUCAACAACCAGACUGAAGAAGAGGCCGCGAUGAAGGCUGCUAUGUCACGGGGAAAUUCCGUCAGUGUCCGCCUUGAGCGGGUGGAUGGGCACCUUGUUCUGGUCGAGGAUAAAUCUAGAAUUCUUAAUGCAAAAGAAUAGUUACGUUGACAAGAAUGAGCUUGAUUAGAGUUAAUCCUUCAUACAUAAAUCUGUGGAAGAGUCU